AUGAAAAGAAUUAAAAGUAAAAAAAAUAUAGUGAUUGAUGAAAAAAUUAAAAAAAAAGCUCAUUGUAAUGUUGAAACUAGAAGUAGAAAUAUAAGAAACCAAUUUAUUCAAAAAAUCAAUAAAAAAUUACCAUUUGUUUUAAAAAGUAUUAAAAAAAUUGAUACCUAUCCAAAUAAUAAAGAAAUAACAAUAGAAAAAAUUUUAUCUGAAUCACUUUCUUAUCUUAAUGAAAUUAAUAAAAUCUUAACAAAAAAUCAAAAAAAAUUAACAUUUGAAAAUGAAAAAAUACUAUUAAUGGAAAAAAAGAAAUUUCAAUAA